AUGGCCGUAUUCCUGUUAAACGAAUGUAAAUUCAACAACUGCGGUUUGUGCUUCAAAAACCUUUACGAUCUCAUCCAGCACAUCGAAGACAAUCACAUAGAUACUGAUCCUAAACCGAUAGAGCUGAUUGAUCGCACUGAACAACAAUGCUUGCCGCUCAGUUGUGUUAUGCGGUUUUUCAGCGAGAAUGUAAACAAAACCGAAAUCGAACCAGCAGAACCUGUCAUUCAGCCCAAAACCAGUAUUUUACCACCAGCACCCAACAUAUUCCAUCGACCAUUACGAACUGGUUAUGAAUCUGAUAAAGGAGAAGCUGAAAACCUUGAUCAUAUUGGUGACAGCAGUGACUCAUGGUCUACUACAUCAGAUGCAAUCGAUGACGCUCAUAAAAAUGGUUCCAAUUCACAACAGAAAGUUAAGAUUGAGCAGCCAAUCAGACCAUUUGCUUGCCCAAUUCCAGGUUGUACUAAAAGGUAUAAAAAUGUUAAUGGAAUAAAGUAUCAUGUUAAAAAUGGGCAUACGAACGGCAAAGUUCAUAAGAAGUACAAAUGUCACUGCGGCAAAAGUUAUGUGUCUAUUCAAGGACUCAAAUCGCAUGCAAAUGGUAUGCAUGCUGGCACCAAGAUGACAUGGCUAACAAUGCACAACGGUGAAACUAUUCAGGUGCCUGCCACUCCACUUUCACCUGAUACUGUGCCCAUGCGUGCAGUCACGUUGAAACACGUGCCACGCACCACUGCAGACGCAAACCUGCCACCUAAAACAUUAGUCAUCACCAAACCUCCUCCGUCCAACAUUGAACCUCCUAUUGUUGAAUCAUAA